GCCAAUCAGAGCCAGUGGAAGGAGGGACCCAGUGGAUGGAUGACUGGAGUUUCCCUUGCGGUCUGAAGAUUAAUGGAAGGGGUCUGUUGAUCUUAGGAAUCGACUAUCAGAUGGUCGGUCCAUGGAAACCAUUGCACUUGAUGCCUGGUUUAGAAACGAAUGGAGAUAAAUACAAUUAAAAUAUCCAACAGCGGAAAAAACGACUAACCUGGACACCACUUUUGUUAUUCACGUCUCAACUGAAAAGGCCUGCCUUCACAGAGAUAGCACCUGGUUAGUUCAGGCCAGGAUACUACUGCGAGUGACGCUAAAAGCUAACACUAGCUUGCUCGUACGAUAGGCGGAAAGCGAAUUUGACGAUCUGUCUAACGGCACGGACUCGAUUCUGGAUAAACCAAGCUAUCACUGGAAAUAAAGGACAGUCGAGUGACAUCUUGAUUUGCCACUGCUCGCUUGGAAAUUGACGAGCCAACACUCCGAGGCUAACAUCCACUGGUUGCUAGAGUUAGCUUGUGUGCUAGCCUAGCCAGCCUACAGCGUCAGUGUUAGCUUCAGACUUGGAUAUACUCGCUCGGGUUGAGUUUCCGAACUCCCUAAGGAGGGGUAUUGGAAGACAUUUAUUUACACACAGUCCAAUAAUGAUUGCUGUUAGCUAGUAGCUAGCUGUCAGCGUCAUUGAGCCCAGCGACAGCGUUAGCGGUGUAGCAACACUCAACGACUUGCAGAGGAGCCCACCAUCAGCCUUCAUCAUGGGCAACACGCCCACCGCAAAGAAGGGCAAUGAGAUGGAGAGCGUGAAGGAGUUUCUUGCCAAAGCCAAAGAAGAUUUCCUGAAGAAAUGGGAGAACCCAGCACAGCAAACUGCGGCAUUGGACCAAUUUGAGCGUUUGAAGACCUUAGGCACCGGGUCGUUUGGUCGAGUCAUGCUGGUGAAACACAAAGAGUCGGGCCAGCAUUUUGCCAUGAAGAUACUUGACAAACAGAAGGUAGUGAAGCUGAAGCAGAUAGAACACACACUGAACGAGAAACGCAUCCUGCAAGCCGUCAGCUUCCCCUUUCUGGUGCGACUGGAGCACUCUUUUAAGGACAACAGUAAUCUCUAUAUGAUAAUGGAGUAUGUACCCGGUGGAGAAAUGUUCUCGCACUUAAGGAGAAUCGGUAGAUUCAGGCUACUGAAAUAUUUAAUCAUAUCACUGGUUCGCUGUAAAUAUCGCACCCCUGAUGUGUUUUGCAGUGAACCGCACGCGCGCUUCUACGCAGCCCAGAUUGUACUGACCUUUGAAUACCUUCACUCGCUGGAUCUCAUCUACCGAGACCUUAAACCUGAGAACCUGCUCAUUGACCAGCAAGGCUACAUACAGGUAACAGAUUUUGGAUUUGCAAAAAGGGUGAAGGGCCGAACCUGGACGCUUUGUGGGACCCCAGAGUACCUGGCACCGGAGAUCAUCCUCAGUAAAGGUUACAAUAAAGCCGUGGACUGGUGGGCUCUGGGAGUGCUGAUAUAUGAGAUGGCUGCCGGUUACCCUCCCUUCUUUGCUGACCAGCCUAUUCAGAUUUACGAGAAGAUUGUAUCAGGGAAGGUUCGCUUUCCCUCCCACUUCAGCUCAGAUCUGAAGGAUCUGUUGAGAAAUUUGCUGCAGGUGGACCUUACCAAGCGCUUUGGCAACCUCAGGAAUGGAGUCAACGAUAUCAAGGGCCACAAGUGGUUUGCCACCACCGAUUGGAUCGCCAUCUACCAGAGGAAGGUGGAAGCUCCCUUUAUUCCUAAGUGCAAAGGCCCCGGUGACACGAGCAACUUUGACGACUACGAGGAAGAGGAAAUCAGAGUCUCCUUCACAGAGAAGUGUGCAAAGGAGUUUGCCGAGUUCUAGAUUCCAUCCAUGAGAAGCAGAGAGAGAGAGAGAGAGAGAGAGAGAUUUUAGAAAGUAAAAUGGGGUCUGAAGGAAAGAAGCGCUAGGGUGGACUGCUAACUUGCUUAUUUGUAAUGACGACAACAAUGUAAAACCCCCCCUUCCCCAAUGGAAAGGUAGGCAAAGUGAAGAAAGAUCCAACAGAACCAGCAGUGUUGCCUUUUCUGAUUGUUUCUCAACUGUUACCUAUUGAUUUUAUUUAUCCCUCUUGUGUUUGUGACGGGCUGGAAGAGAACAGGUAUAGGUAGUGGCUGUCCAGCUGUACGUGUAUCUUUCUGACGGUGUAAUGACAUGUUUUCAGUCUUUGCAGGUUGAGGCAUUGAUUUUCUUUUAGGUACUGAAUCUGCUAGGCUCUUUUUUUUUUUCGAAUGGACCCUCUCUACAAGCUUCUCAAAGAGUAAUUGUUGUAUCUUGUCACCCUGGUUCCCCCCCCCCCCUCCAUCCCUCCAUCCUGAAUCUGUCCAAGCAAUACCAAGUCCAACAGAUGUGCCUAUCAUAAUGCCAACUGGUUGGAAAACUUUGUCGAAAGCACUGGUGCAGAGCUUUGGCUACGGUGGCAUCAGCCCUUGUGCCCGUUUGGUUUAAAGCUUGAAAACUCUCUGCACCUGCCUUUGUCUGCUAGAUAUGGCAUGAUUAUUGGGUGGAUGAUGCGCUCACUGCUCGCAGUUGAAGCAGCGGUGACCUCUUUGAUCGGAGUGAGAAUGAUUUAUCACAGUAAACUUCAUCUAGGUCUUACUCCUUUUGGGGACCUGUGAGAAAUGGUAAACAUGAGGUUUGCAUUUAAGUCUGUCUUUCUCUUAGCUGAAUUUAUUAGAGCAUUUUAAGAAUCCUAUUGGUGAUCAUGUGUCCUUCUGUCAAUCUCUGUGCUUGUGUGUUAUUUAGUGCUCAAGGGUGGGUUAAAAAGCUGUGAUUUAGCAGCAACUAACAUUGUGGUCACACUCCUGACUAUUGUUUAUUUAAUUCAUAGUACAUUUGAUUUAUGAUAUAUAUAUAUAAUAUAUAUGAUAUAUAUGUAUGAUAUAUAUAUAAUAGAGUACAUGAACUAUCCAUCUUUUUCAACAUUGUCUCAUAGCUGUGAAACUGAAAUUAAGAUUUCAUAAAUAAACAAAUAUAAAUUCUGCCAAAUUUGCAAACUGAGAACAUUGCAAAGUGUUCUGUAUGUAACUACGACGGUGGUGGAUUUUAAUACGCAAAAAAAGUAGCAAAACGUUUCAACAAAAUGUGCAUGUUAUUUUUGUACAAUAUCACUUUUAAAGAGAGAUAGCAUUAUGGUUUUGUGCUGAGGUACACGAGCUCAUGGAUAACAUGCUUAACUAUUAAAUGGACUCUCAGGAGCUCGAUUUUAAAGAUGGAACAAGACCAAGUCCAAUGUGUCAGAAAGUUCUUCUAGGCUUCUCACCUUGAUAAUUAUGAUUUUUCCUUCCUCCCUUUUAUCUUGUAUAUACCCUACAUGUAACACCUUCAGAUAGAUUUGCAGUCCAACCAAACAUUUUGGGACUGAUGAGAUUGGAGUGUUUUGUUUCAGUUUUCCAGCUUUCUAUGUAACAAAUUAAACUAAGGAAGCUCUCCUAAAGCUGUCCCCUUUUGCCAAGUUUAUUUCUGUGGAUGCAAGACAAUCGCAGACCAAUCUAAUUGCUGGUUUGUUGACUGAACACUUGGUUUUGAUGAAGGAUGUUUGCUUUCGCCCCUCCUCCCCCUCCAUAGGCCCUAGGUGCUAGACUUUGUCCAUCUCACUGAAAAGCUUCUGUGAAUUGUUAGAUGUGCAUCAAUUUGUCAUAAAGUCUUGUAACAUGACAUUUUUUUGAGAAUGUUUUUCAACUCUAAAUGAUUUCAGUAGGCUUGAGUUAUUAUUUUGGCUGUCUCUUAAUGUAAUUGAGAUCAAACACAGGAUAUAUUUUUUUGAAUGUCUUGAUGGAGAUGGUUCAACACUGUUUGGAAACAUGAUGUGUAUUUUUUAUAAUACAUGUUUCUCCAGUCAGCUUGGUUUUUCUUGCAUGUGGUAAAGCAACCCAACGACAAGACAUCUCCUGGACCUGGAACGUAUUUGAGUAUCAUUGUUUCCACUGCCGACAGUCUCAUCACUGUUUACCCAUUUCUUUGAGCGUCACAUUGAACAAUGCAGUGGAUCACCAACCAACUUGUCCAGUCCUUUGCAAAUACUGAAGCACAUGCCACAUCCUUUCAAAUCUCCUAUUUAAUUGAUUUGUGCUAAUUAUUUGAAACUUUUAAGACACUAUUUAAUGCUUUGAAGAGAGCACAUGUAAUAUCUUUAUGUUCUGACAAAUGACUAAAUCAGAGUUGGUGGGUGGAAGGCAAAGCCAUUCGAUCCACUUCAGACACUGAGGCCAUCACAAUGCAUACUUUUUGUUUCCCAUACAAAACUUCUUGUGGAUUGUCUUUAAUUAUCUUUUAUCAGCUGAACACUAUCAACUGCUCUGUGCUAAUUUUAGGUUUUUUCUCCUGUGUUUGCCUUCUAAUUUCAUCAAGUUUCCACACUCUUCAUUCAAACAUAACACUUUUUACAUCUGAGAUGUUUUGCGUUCAUAUUUUCUAAUUGUAUUUUCAAAAAAAAGAAGCAAAAAAAGCAAAAACAGAACAUUAAUCUUUUCCUCAUGACCUGGGUACAGUGAUUGUGUAGUCUAUUGUACCUUUUGGGAAACAAUACUGUAUAUCCUUGCCUUCGACAGUCUUAACUAUCUUACCCUCUGGAGAACUUGACAGAUACCCUUAGAACACAAUGAGUAUGUUAAAAAAAAUAUACAUAAAGUAAUAUUUUGCAAAAUGUAUCAUUCCAAUAAACUUUUACUUGUUAAGACUAA